UUUUUUUGGUUGUCCAAGUCCUCUAGGGUUCUGCUCUUGGUCUUCUCCGAAAACUGAAGGGUUUAGUCCAAUUCCCAUUUUCUUCUUUAUCUCUUCUCUCGAGAAAGAGGUUAGUUUUCUCUUAUCCUUCUUCUGAUGCUACCUGGAACUGAAUCUCAUUUCAUUUGAUUCGAUUUCCAAUGUUUUAUUUUCUCUACAAAACCAUUCUCCACCAUGGGAGUGGGGGACAAACUACGGCUACUACACUCAUGCUAAAACACAAACAUUAUUUGCUUCAAAACCUGUUUAUGAAUGCCAGAUGUGUCUCCAGUGAAGCAAAUCCAAAUCAACAAUCAUUCCCAGUCUGUUACCUCAUAAAUAAAUGUGGGUUCUCUCUAGCAUCUGCUCUUUCAGCUUCUAAACGUCUCACUUUUGAAACCCCAGAUCAACCUGACGCAGUGAUUCACAUGUUCAAGCGCUAUGGUUUUUGUGAUGCCGAUAUCUUUAGACUAAUUAAAAGAUAUCCACGAGUCCUUUCGUGCAAUCCUGACAAAACCCUCUUUCCAAGACUCGAGUUUUUUUAUUCUAAAGGCAUGUCAAACGCUGAUAUUGCCCACAUUUUAAGCGGAUGCCCUCUUCUCUUAGGCAGAAGCUUGCAAAAUCAUGUAACUCCUAAUUUCAACUUACUUAGUGAUCUGCUUCUAUCCGACAGCAAAGUCAUUUCUGCUGCCAGAAAUGACCCGUUUAUUCUUUUUCGUCACGGUGACAGAUAUUUGAAACCUUUUAUCAACCUUUUGCAAGAUCAUGGAGUUCCCAGAACACAGAUUGCGUCCUUAAUUUGCAACUGGCCUAGGUCUAUCGGUGUAUGCCUAAAUCAUUUCAGAAAGUGCGUCGAGGAAGUUAGAGAAAUGGGUUAUGAUCCUUCUAGUGCAGAGUUUAUUAGAGCAGUGGUGGUAUUGAGUCAAUUGGGAAAAGCUGGGUGGGAAAGAAAGGCUGUUGUUUAUAAGAGUUGGGGUUGGUCUGAGAAAGACAUUCUUGUUGCUUUCAGAAAGAACCCGUGGAGCUUGAUGACAUCGGAGAGUAAGAUUAUGGCAGUGAUGAAAUUUUUCGUUGAGAAAAUGGAUUGUGAGUCUUUAUAUCUUGCAAAACACCCAAAUCUUUUGAUGUAUAGCUUGGAGAAGAGACUCAUACCAAGGGCUUUGGUUCUUCAUUUUCUGUUAAGGAAUAAGUUGAUUGACAAGAAGCCUAACUUGAAUACUUUGUUUGUGUAUUCUGAGAAGUUGUUCCUUGAGAAGUUCGUGAAUUGUUUUGAUGAAGCCCCCCAGCUAUUAAAGCUAUAUAGAGAUCAAUCAGAUCUUGCAAAAUGACAUGGAAAUGGAAUCGUUUUGUGGAAUUUCCCCCAGAUUUCCUUGGAUACUGUAAUGCGACUCCAAGGUCAGAGGAAGAAGGCGAAGAAGUGGCCUCAUGCAUGCCUGUGGCUGCUGAAUGAGACUUCUGGUACAAGCUUUGACGAAAACCACAGUGAGAGCUUCUUGCUUAUAAUAAAGGUAAAGCUUGCUUGCACUAGAACCCACCUUGUCCAUGUAAUCAAAAUUCAAAAUCCCACUCGCACCUGCCAUUCCCGAAUGAGCGAAAGGACCAAGAUGAGGAAUAUCAAAAAAUGGAUGGACCAAAAAACAGAAUAACAAAAAAUUAGAAGCAGAUUUCUAAAUUCCGUCUGCACAUUACACAAACAUAAAAAUGUCACUCUCUUGUCUAUCCCUUCUAUCAUUGUCCAGGAGGAGGAGUGCUCCUUUUUGCUCCUCUCCUUCUGUGCCCUCUAGUCUAGGGUUUUUGCCUUUUCCUUAUUUACUCUAAAAUUAAAAUAAAAA